CCGGGCCGUAAUUCCCUUCUUGACCUUUGCUUGUCACCAUGCACUCUGCGUACCACUCUCGCUGAUGUUCUUCUCGAAGGUAUUGAUCUCAUCGGCUACGACACAGAACAACUCUCGGUAGUUAAGACAAAAGAGGAUCCCACGUCUCGUUGGUCUUUGGUUCAACACAAGACCAAUGGCCUAUUUAAAUCAAUAAAAAAACACUCCAUCUCCCCCAAUUUCACAUGGCCACACGACACGGAUACGCUCCAGUAACCCCACUCGAAGAUCCCAUGAACAGUUUCGUUGAGAUCGCUUCUGCGCUGAUACACGACUGCAUCGAGCACCACCAGGGCCGGGGAACCCUCAUAUCCCUUUCGAUUCAGAGCACCGACCUCCCGCAGCGAUAUCAGUGCCUGUCCCAGCUAGCAGAACUCCGGGACCAGACAUUCGAUGGUAGGGAGCUCCGCCACGUCCUCCGUCAGGUUGCAGAAGAGUGGAACGGACGAGGGAGGAAGGGGAGGGAAGGGAGAUUUCAUCUCAGGUUCAGCGAGUUUGUGAGGGAGGUUCGGCAGAGUCUGGCCCUGGGUGACUCGGUUGCUUUGCGUGGACACCAGGAUAGGAUCCGGGCAUUUCUGGGUGUUCCUCAGGGAGGCCCGAAUGAUGUGCGCACUGAUAGAUGGCAGGCAGUGGUUUUGUAUGAUGUUUUGCAGGGGCUUAACGCAUUGUUGCAUGGGCGGCGUAAUCAUGGGAAUAUCCUUCCGCGGCUCAUUUUGCUGGACGAAGACAAUCUCCUCACCCCCAGGCACCGUGAGGACUCGGACUUGGAAGAGCUCAUCAUGGCACGAGAUGUGAUCUGUGGGAUCCUCCCUGGUCCGUCGAUCCUGACGUUUGAGACUGCAGUGCGAAAGUUCUUUGUGCCUCUCCUUGUAACGAGGGACAUGAACAAAUUCUUUCGGGAACGACCAGAGUUAGGACGGCUGUGCGAGCGCGUGGCGUUUGGUGAGCGAGAUGCUGUGGACGCGCUUGAUGAGGCGCGUCAGGUUUUACGCCAGGUCGUGCAAGAAGCUCCCAAUUCACAACCACAGCCACAAUCGUCUACCCGUCGUCGUCACGCUGAAUCUCCUUCGCACCCUCCACCGGCGUCAUCGCCUUGGUACAACUCUCCA